CCUGCUAAUUGGGACUAUUAAGUGGAAUGGAAGGAAUAAUAUAUAUGAGUUGGACGUAUCUUCUCAUUGCGUCAUUAUGACAGCUCCGCACAGUAUCUGACGAAGUUCUUUAUUCCAUCUUACCAAAAUCUCAGAAUCCACAAUCGAGAGAGAAGGAAUUAUAAGGGAAACCAUUUCUGGGUUUGACAUCUACGUCCACAAACUCCAAUGGGUCGCAGACAAACUGAUUCAGAACUCGGCCGUUGUGCACUUCUGCUUCUUUUCUUGAUGGGGACAAUCUCCUGUUGCAUGGUCUAUGUUUGUCUGUCCCUGGUCUUUAACAAGCCCAAUACCGUUUCCACAAUUUCUUCUUCUUCUUCAGAGGUGUUUGAAAACGAAGGUCAAGAGGGAGGAGAGGCAGAGUGUUGCAGAGGCAUCGAGCAUUUGGAACUUUGGGGUGACGCUGUCAAAUGGGGCUCCGAGUUCAAGUUCAAUUCUUCGGAGGAGUGUUGCAUGGCCUGUAAAAGUAUGUGUAGGGGUGAGGAUGGGCCUUGUUUGUGCGAUUCCUGGGUGUUUUGUGGGAAUAAGGAGGCUUGUGGUCCUAGAUUUGGUGAGUGCUGGUUGAAGAAACAGAAAGAUACAAUGGAUCCAAAUCGGCGAGACUCAGGGGAUCAAGUCAUGUGGACUUCUGGGCUUAUCUUUGGAAAAGGAAAUGGUAUUGUUGGCUUGAAAACUGGAUAUGGGACUAUUCACAUAAAACUAUUCCCUGAUUGUGCCCCACAUUCUGUUUCCUAUAUACUUGAGCUGUUAGCACUGCACCAUUGUGUGGGUUGCCAAUUUUAUCGUGCGGAAAGCCGAGGAAGAUCUUGGGAUUCACAAGGAAAUCACAUAGAAAAUGCUCCUUUUGGCCCUCCCUUUGCUGUAGUUCAAGGUACACUUGAAGCCUAUGGGACCAUAUUUGAGGAUAUUCCAAGGGAAGCAUGCCCCUCCAUAAGAAGAGGAUCAGUUGCAUGGGUUGGUUCUGGCCCAGAAUUUUUUAUCAGCCUAGCCAACCACAAUGAGUGGAGAAAAGCAUAUACUGUGUUCGGUUCUGUUCUUCCCGAAGAUAUGGAAAUUGUGGAGAAAAUUGUACGUCUUCCUACCAAACCUGAGGUUUGGAGUAACAUUAAUGUCUGUGUCUUGGAGAAACCUGUUGCCUUUCGUUUUCAAAGAAUCCAGACAAGUCUUGAAACUCAAAUUUGAUGCAGACAUGGAUGGAGAUUCAAGUGGGUCAUAGACAUUUGUUCACUAUGGUUGGGAAGAAUCAAGUCAAGUUGUGGACACUGAAAUUCCCAGAUUUCAAGACUGUGAUUAAAGGGAAACUUCUCUGUAGUUCUACAGUAGAUUUGUAACUAUUAUUAGCCAUUAAAUUUUUACAUAGAAAUAAAAAGGAGUCAUUUUGGACCCUAA